AAACUACCCGCUAAAAUGACGUCAUUUCUGUUCAACUGUUUCUGAUUCGCCCAAGGUGUCCGUUUCCGUCUUUUUCGGGACGUCAUUUCCGUAAAAAUGUCGUUGUCAACUGCGCGUUCGUUCCUAUCGGAAGCUGGAUAUGGUGAACAAGAGCUAGACGCCAAUUCGGCUCUCAUGGAGUUAGACAAAGGACUGCGGUCUGGCAAGCUUGGAGAGCAAUGUGAAGCGGUGGUACUCUUCCCAAAGCUCUUCCAGAAAUACCCUUUCCCAAUUUUGAUAAACUCUGCUUUCCUGAAGUUGGCUGACAUCUUCAGACUUGGGAACAACUUUCUGCGGCUGUGUGUGCUGAAAGUGACCCAGCAGAGUGAGAAGCAUCUGGAGAAGAUUCUUAAUGUUGAUGAGUUUGUCAAAAGGGUUUUCUCAGUCAUUCACAGUAAUGACCCAGUGGCAAGAGCCAUCACCCUCAGAAUGUGGGGCAGCCUGGCUACCAUUAUCCCUGAGCGGAAGAACGCCCACCACAGUGUCCGCCAGAGUCUGGAUUCUCAUGACAACGUGGAGGUGGAGGCAGCCAUUUUCGCUGCAGCGAGCUUUGCCGCCCAGUCAAAAGACUUUGCAGUGGGCAUUUGUAACAAACUCAGUGAAAUGAUUCAAGGGCUUGACACCCCCGUGGAGAUGAAGCUCAAGCUGAUUCCGGUGCUGCAGCACAUGCACCACGACGCCUCUGUGGCCUCCACCAGCCGGGAGCUUCUGCAGCAGCUCCUCUCCUCCUACCCCUCCACCCACAUGGUGGUCGUCACGCUCCACACCUUCACUCAGCUCGCUGCCGCAUCGCUCAUCGACAUUCCUAAACAGAUCCAGCUGCUGCUGCAGUACCUGAGGGAGGACCCCAGGAAGGCCAUCAAGAGACUCUGCAUUCAGGACCUCAAGCUGAUCGCAAAGAAAGCACCACAUCUGUGGACCAGGGACAACACACAGACGCUCUGUGAGUGCGCUCUUAGCAGUCCUUACAACAGUCUGAAACUGGGCAUGUUGUCCGUACUCUCUGCCCUCUCUGAAACUAUUGCCAUCAAACAGUACUUGAGCUCUGGAGCAGGAGGCUGUCCCUCUCCUUCCCCUCGGCAGACAGACCUGGUGCGUCUCGCUCAGGAGUGCUGUUACCAUAGCAACCUGCCCGUGGCUGCCCACGGGGUCACUGUGCUGGCCAACAUUGUCAUUUCCUGUCCUGAGAAGAGCCGCCACUCGCCUGAAGAUGUGAUUCAGCUGGAGCAGGACACUGUCAUGGGAGUGGAGUCUCUGAUGGUGCUCUGUAGUCAAGAUGACAGCGCUACGGCACAGACCACUCUCAAGAUGGCGCUGUUGGCCCUAGUGCGCAUGCUGAAGGUGCGCCCUCACCUGGCACAGGUGUGUGUGGAGCUGCUGCUGUGCCAGCUUCGCUCCGCCUGCGACCCUGCCCGCGUGCACCUGUGCCAUGCUCUCGCCGCCGUCGCCAGCCAGCUGCCCGUGCUUGGCGAGGGCAUGCUGGGAGAUGUAGUUGACCUAUACAGGGUCGCUGGCCACUCCAGCUCUGAGAACCAGCAGGAGCUACUGGUCUCCUUGGCAACUGUGGUGUUUGUGGCCAGCCAGUCGCGUCUGUCGGCCGAAGUGAAGUCAGUGAUCAGGGAACAGCUUGAGAACGCUGCCAACGGAUGGACCGUUUACCGCAUCGCCAGACAAGCAUCACGCAUGGGCUGUCACUCGUUCUCGAGUGAGCUCUAUCAGAGCGUGCGGACACGCGUGGCGUCGGAGCACCUGUACUUCUGGCUCAGCAGCCUGCAGGAGUUCUCCCAGGCCGAGCAGUGCCUGAGUGACCUGCAGGACAGAGACUACAGUGCCACCACCACUGCCAUCGCUGAGGCUCUCAGGUCCUACCAGAAGGGCAUCGCUUCCCUCACGGCCGCCAGCACACCUCUGAGCCCUCUGACGUUCCAGUGUGAGUUCGUGAAGCUGCGCAUCGACACGCUGCAGGCUCUGGCCCAGCUCAUCUGUACCUGCAACAGCCUGAAGACCAGCCCUCCUCCUGCCAUAGCCACUUCCAUUGCCCUCACAUCAGGGAGCGAGCUGCAGCGCUGCGGGCGCAUUUCUCUGCAGAUGAAAGUGUCCCUCGAUGAGUUCAGGAGUCUGGCUGCUCGCUAUGCUGACCUGUACCAAUCGUCCUUUGAUGCUGACUCCGCUACUCUGCGCAACGUGGAGCUUCAACAGCAGAGCUGCCUGCUGGUGUCCCAUGUGAUUGAGGCCCUCAUCCUUGACCCGCAUACAGCCAGUUUCCAAGAGUACGGGGGCGCAGGGGCGGUGCAGACGGAGAGCCAGUACGAGAGGCAGAUGAUGGCCGUGUUCAGCCGUGUGCUCGAGGAGGUGGAGAACCUCAGCAGAAAACACCCACCCGUCUCGUACUUGCACACUGCCUGUCUGUGCGAUGCUGUGAUAGCUCUGCUGAAGGUGCCGCUGUCUUUCCAGAGGUAUUUCUUCCAGAAGCUUCAGUCCACCAGCAUUAAACUUGCCCUCUCACCAUCACCACGGACACCAAGUGAGCCAAUACCAGUGCAAAACAACCAGCUAAUGGCUUUGAAGGUGGAGGGUGUGGUGCAGCAUGGCUCCAACCCUGGAUUGUUCCGGAAGAUCCAGUCAGUUUGCCUAAAUGUCAGCUCCACACUGCAGAGCAAGACAGGACCCGACUUAAAGGUACCUCUGGAGGCAAAGACCAAUGAGAUUGAGCAGAGGGUGGAGCCUCACAAUGACUACUUCAGCACACAGUUCCUGCUCAACUUCUCGGUGCUGGGCAGCCACACAGUCACGGUGGAGGCGUCCGUGGUUGACGACAGUGGGGUGGAGUGGAAGACAGGGCCGCGCUCGGUCGUGUCCGUGAAGUCGAUGGAGGACCCGUUUUCCCAGCAGCUUAGGCACCAGCUUCAGCAGCAGCAGCAGCAGCAGCAGCAACAACCACAGCAGCAGCAGCCGCAACAGCAGCAGCAGCAGCCACAAUCCCAACAGCCUCAGCAGCAGCCACAACCAUCCCAGCAGGCUGCAGCCCAGACUGCCGCUCAGAGGAGUGCCUAUGGGCGCUUCUAGUAAUUGCCACCAGGGGGACCCCGGAGGGGCUCUGAAUAGUCUCACAUGAAAAUGAAAAGGACAUCAGAACGCAUCUUACCUGAUUUACUCAAACUGUAGUAUCUGAUCAAACUUCAUAUGGACCAUUUCUUGUUGGACCCAAAGUUCAAACCACACAAAGCACUCCAGUCUAUGUAACUUCAUCAAAUUGGAGUAACGGGGACUUUUUUUUUUUUUUACUUGUUUGUGAUCUGAUGGAACAUGUAGAGGCAUAUGUUGAUACCACUGUAAUUAAAAAAGGAUCUCUCAAUUUGUUUCCUAGUAUCAAGGUGUUUAGUACAAUUUUGCUUUGAAGCAAGUAAACACAGUGCAAAACUUUCUGGAUGCCAGACCACUUUGAGUAAAGGUAUGUCCCUGUUAAGAAUAUCAUUCAUAGUAAAUACAUUAUUGUAAAUGUGUCAGAGUAUAUCUAUGCUUAGGCUAACAUAACAAUAACAUAACAAAGGUACCAUUGUUCAUGUAACCUGUUUGGAGAACAUUUUGUGUGAGGAUGGCAAUCUUCUCUUGCCAAUGACCUUUAUGGUAGUGAAACAUGCCCCCUUUAAUCUGCCAAUGAAUGAACGGUCUUUAUUUUAUAUCUUUAAACAACAGCCAUUGUGAAGAUGUCAUGGCGUUAGCAAACUGGGUUGGCACAACCAUAUACAUAGUAUACUAUGUCUAUGGGCACAACGAAUGUAAGUCCAAUGACAACCGAGAUAACGACCAGUCAAACGAACAAAGGGUCAUUUCAGCACCCCGUCGGAUAUUGCCAAUGAUGACAUGUCUUUAAAUCUCAAGGGAAAGCUGUGAGUUGGACACAGUCCAGGUAGCUACUGAUUACUUUUAAAAAUAGCCACGGUAAUCUAUGAAAGGAUUUUUCUUAUCCAUGUACUUCAUAUUACGACACAAGAAUUUAAAAUCCCUAAUAGUGGGCUAAAAGGUGACAUAUAAUACAUUUGAAAUGGUUUAAUUCCAUGUGUCAUACAAAUCUUAUUACAAACACGAGGUGCCAGUGUUGUGCAAAACUGUCCAGCCCGCCAGAAUUUGCAAGCAAGAUGAAAUCAGAUUUCAACGUAUUUCUAACUUCUCAUGUUUGAUUCGUAAACAAGACACGGGUGUGUUUAUUUUUUUUCCCUUUAAUGUACUGACUGCGGACCUAUAGAAUAUCAAUUUACAACAUAGCCCAACUAAUUUUCUCGAACACCUUACAGCCCAUGGUCUACAAGAUGAAUUGAUGAAAUUGAAUCGAGCCAAAGCAAAAAGCACUUCUUCCUGUAUUGGUAAGACUAAGCAUUUCUAAUUAGAUAUUAUUUUGGCGAUGUCUUGUAAAGUAUAUUGCUUAAAUCACAUUACUGACUGGAUUUAGGCGUCCAGUUACCUAUACCUCAAGCUAAGGUAGGCCUAAGGCAUGAACGCAGAUAGGUCCCCUCAUGAACUAAAACCAAUGUAGCCUAAAUACUCUUCGUUAGCAAGAAACUUUUUUUAAUUAGCCUGUGUUAAAAAAUGUUGACCUGUUUAAAUGCGGAAUCGGGUAAGCUAACCUAUCACAGUUUGUCCAUUAAGGGUGAGGAAUGGAGAACGGGGUCGACGCUCUAUGGAUGUUUCGUUAAGCUAAGGAGCGGCGCCUGCGCAUAUGUGUGCUCGCCCGCUGUUAGUGGUGUCGUCAUAAAGAGAUUCUCCUCUGGUGGCUGCAGAGUCGAACUGAUCAUCCAAUCGCUAAUAACCGCAAAACUAGAGGGCUGACCAGAAAGCCAACAUGCACGAAAUUACACCUUAAAACGGGCCUCGAUUUUGCAGCAAAAUAAAGGAAUGGUCUUACCUCUUUUGCGUUAACCCGUUUG